AUGGUCCUUCAUAGACAUCUCAGCAGAACAGCAUCUCACAGAAGAUCGCUUUUGAAAAACUUGGCUUCCGAUUUAUUGGAAAAAGAAUCAAUAACCACAACAUGGGCCAAGGCCAAAGAAGCCCAAUCAUUCACUGAAAGAAUAAUAUCGUACACCAAGAUGGAGAACCAGGAAAAGGCAAGAUCGUUGGCCCAAGGGAAAUUGUUCAGACAAGGCACCACUUUGCCAAAAUUGUUCGAAGAAUUAGGCCCACGUUACAAGACCAGAAACGGUGGGUACACCAGAGUGUUGAAGUUAGAACCAAGAUUCGGGGAUAAGGCUCCUCAAGCAAUUGUCGAAUUGGUCGAUGGCGAAAGAGAAAUCAAAUUCUGGCUCUGUGCAAGAAUCGUUGCCAGAUUGGAGAGACAAGGAUUGGAAAUUGACGAAACCACCCAAAGAAACGUUGAUAAGUUGGUGAGAUUUAGAGAAAACGGAGAACAAGAGUUUAGAGAAUUAGUGGAAAAGGCCAAGGAAUUGUUCUACUCCACCGAAGAAAGUAUUGCCUUGAGACCAGUCAAUGACAUUAAAUUGAACACCACCAGAAAGAAUAUUGUCAUGAUGCAGCGUCCAGUGAAAAGCGAUCCUACCGUCAAAUCAGAAUAG